GAAGAGGAUAUGUAAUUUAAAAAUCUGAUUUGUUAUUAUUUAAUCGUAGUGUACCUUAGCGUACUGGGCAUGAAAUUGCCAAACAUUUAGGAUUGUGUCAUAGAACAAAGAAAAAAUAAGAAUAAAAAAGGUGGAUUUGAAAACGUUUUUCAUUUACAUCCGGAUUUGGUAUAGGGGUCUUGUCAAAGGGUCAGAAUCCACCGUGAGUGUCCCUUCGUUUAAAGAUGUACGGUGCUAAUGUCGGAGUGCUCCUGCAGGUUCUGUGGGCCCAGCUCCUGUUAGGGUGGGCGCGGGCCUCCGAGCUUACUUUUGAGCUCCCAGACAACGCCAAGCAGUGCUUCUACGAGGAAAUCACAAUCGGGACCAAGUGUACCCUGGAGUUCCAGGUUGUCACUGGAGGUCACUACGAUGUGGAUUGUCGACUUGAAGACCCAGAGGGAACCGUCCUCUAUAAGGAAAUGAAGAAGCAGUAUGACAGCUUUACUUUCACUGCAGCAAAGAAUGGGUCUUAUAAAUUCUGUUUUAGCAAUGAGUUCUCCACUUUCACACACAAGACUGUCUACUUUGACUUCCAAGUUGGAGAAGAUCCUCCUCUGUUUCCCAAUGAGAACAGAGUUACUGCACUGACUCAGAUGGAGUCUGCUUGCGUUUCAAUUCACGAAGCCUUGAAGUCUGUUAUCGACUAUCAGACCCACUUUCGCCUGAGGGAAGCUCAAGGACGCAGCCGUGCAGAGGACCUGAACACCAGAGUAGCUUUCUGGUCCGUCGGAGAAGCAGUUAUCCUUCUAAUUGUUAGCAUUGGCCAGGUGGUCCUCCUAAGGAGCUUUUUCUCAGACAGGAAAACCACCACAACCCGGGUUGGAUCCUAACGAAUUACAUUACACAAUGCACUCUGUCCACAACCACACCUGGCACUGUUCAUAAAGUAGGUACCGAUGGACUUUCAACAAAUAAAAUGAAACGGGGUUCGGACCUUUUAUAAAACUUACCAUCGCUAUGGAUUUUUCUUUACAAUAAAUACUGCAUUAUGAAUUUAAAGAUGUUCACUGCUUAUACAACCUUUAAAGACCAGAAAUAAGGUUAAAAAAGCUCUAAUUACCUGACAUAUGACACUUAAUUUUGUUUUAUGUGGACUGGACGGUUGAUGGCCUCAUACAUUUUCUAUGUUGCAUUACCAUUUUCUUUUUUACGUUUACUUGUAUUAAUAUAUUUGACUUCACAGUAGGUCCCUAAGAUUAAAUGUGUGUAUCUGAACCCUAAUGAUCUGGCUGUAUGAUUAAUAGACCCUGACUUGUCAUUAAUGCAAUGAUGUGCAUUCUAAAGUUAUAGUUGGUUCAUUACAUCAUAGAAGAAGAAAACAGCUCUUUGUUUAAAAGUGGUCUGUAUAUCUAGUUGAAUUAAAACAUCCAAUAUCAACUGUAUGUGGCUCUUUCUAGCAAUGCAUAUAGUGGAGGUGACUUGCUCAGAUUUGACAGUAACCAGCCAAGCCUUUUACACAAGAUUGAAGCUAAUUUCUUCACAGCUAAAAAAGUUAGUAGUUUAUUUGAGCUUUUAUUUAUUAAUACAAGUUGAAUGCAAGCACCAACAGUUGACUAUGAACAUGUGAUUUUAUUUCUUUUAAGGUGUGUUUUGGACAGAAACAGAGCAGAUGUGAUUUCAUUUUAUUAUGUAGGGGGUGGGGUGGUGGUGGUAUUUAGAUGAAGAUUUGUCACCCUGAACCUGAUUGGAAGAAAGGUUUGAGAUUACCAUCAAUACCGAUGCAGAAUCUGUCUACAGAUAGAGACUGGUUAGAUAUAAAGGGUUGCAUAUUUUCAAGGAGUGCAAGUGGUCAGGGUAGAAAUUCUAAUGUAUAUAUUGGAGGGAUGACAGGAUAUGCGUGUGUUACAUCAGAGACCAAAGAAGGCUGGCAAAGGCAAAAGUGUGCACUAGAUAGUGACAUGUAUACACAACAUACUCUUGAGAUAUGUAAUUAUUUAAACACAUCGUUGCAGCUUAUGCCUGUUAACCACCUCCUCUUUGUACAGAAAGGGUUGGCAAAAAAGAUAGCAAAAGAAAUGUUAUUUCCACCUAAAUGCUCGCUCCAUAUUCUUCGCUUUUACUAAAGCAUAAGAAAUCAGGCCCAUAUUAUAUGCAUUUUUAAUUUUUAAUUAGAAAUACAAAAAAAAAAAAAACUCUUUAAGAUGGUAUUUAUCCCAUUAGUGAAUGCAAACCUACUUUCAGAUUACCAAAUGGAUUAAUGGUCAUAAAAUAUCUGAGCAAAGGAAAACUGAGGUGGUUAAUUUUAAUAAAAAGUGUGGAUUUUCAAGAAAUGUGUGUGACAGAGCUAACCACUAGCUUAAACAGAGUUAAAUAAACACAUCCUCUCCACCAUACAGACAAGGUUUAUGUAACAUUUUGUACGUUUUUAGAUAUUUUGCUUUUAAGGUUAUUUCAUUCCUAACAAGGAAUUGAGCAGCAGUUCAAAUGGUUUCUUCUUAAAAUACAUUUGAGAGUGACUCGAGUAUCACAAAGAAAGUGACAAUUUGGAUGACCAGAUACAACCUGUCAGUAAAUCUUAAAUCCUGUUAUGUGCACCUCAUUGCAAAAAUAAGAAAGUUAGCAUCAUCUUAUUUGUGGGACACAUAUAUCUCUUAUUCCUUAAAGGGUUAGUGUUCCUCACCGCCUGACUUUAUAGCAAAAACAUGCAUUGGCACUUUCAGAAUGAAGGAAGUGAUUUACUGAAUUUGCUUGAGUGAAUUCAAAUUGGAUGUGUGUGUAUAUAUAUUUAGAUUCAUUUGCCAUUUUUUACUAUAGGGGCUGUGGGUUUAUCAUAUUACAGUAAUUAAUGUGGGUAUAUUCAGAUGAUCUAAAUGGCAACGACUCAAAAUUCGGCCUCCAUUUAAAUAAUUCAAUUAUAAACACCUUUUGUUUACUACGACAUGUGGGAUGUUGUAUUUUCAUAACCUUAGACCUUUUAUUAAUUGUUUAAAUAGUGUCUAUGUAGAUCCGCCCCAUGUAGAUCAGAUGAAUAGAUCCCAGUGUUUGUUUGUGAACAAGGAUCAUUUUACACCUUUUGAACAUCUAUUUACAUUUAACCUCUGAUUUUACUUGCGUCAAUUUUGAAUUUCUAAGGAUUAUCUAGAAGUGUUGCCCAGGGCUUGCAAAAUAUCCAUGUAACAGGACUGGAAAGACUGUAUUGAAUAAGGUUUGUACAUGUCAUUUUGUCUACUGUACUUAAUGGUUAAUUUCUGAUCUCCAAACCCUUGUUUUAUUUUGUUUGUUUUAUUUUUAGAAUGUUAUAAAAUGUUUGGAUGACAGAACGAGCAGGCCCUGUGAAUAAAAAUUUUAAAAGUAAUACAAA